AUGGAGGAUGGUCCUGUUUCCUUUGGCUUUAAAAACAUUUUUAUUACAAUGUUUGCUACUUUUUUUUUCUUCAAGCUUUUAAUUAAAGUGUUCUUGGCGCUCCUAACCCAUUUCUAUAUCGUCAAAGGAAAUAGAAAAGAAGCGGCUAGGAUAGCAGAAGAGAUCUAUGGUGAAAUUUCAGAUUGCUGGGCCGAUCGGUCUCCACUUCAUGAAGCGGCAGCUCAGGGGCGCCUACUGGCCCUGAAAACUUUAAUUGCACAGGGCGUCAAUGUGAACCUGGUAACAAUCAACCGGGUCUCUUCUCUCCAUGAGGCGUGCCUUGGAGGUCACGUGGCCUGCGCUAAGGCCCUAUUGGAGAACGGCGCCCACGUCAACGGGGUGACAGUUCACGGAGCCACGCCCCUCUUCAAUGCUUGCUGCAGUGGCAGCGCUGCGUGCGUCAACGUGCUGCUGGAGUUUGGAGCCAAGGCCCAGCUCGAGGUGCACCUGGCUUCACCCAUCCACGAGGCAGUGAAGAGAGGUAAUAGAGAGUGCAUGGAGAUUCUGCUGGCAAAUAACGUUAACAUUGACCAGGAAGUGCCUCACCUUGGAACUCCCCUGUAUGUGGCUUGCACCUAUCAGAGGCUAGACUGUGUGAAGAAGCUUCUAGAAUUAGGAGCCAAUGUUGACCACGGCCAGUGGCUGGACACCCCCCUCCAUGCCGCCGCGAAGCAGAACAGUGUGGAAAUCAUCCACCUGCUGAUAGACUACGGGGCUAACCUCAAGUGCAAAAACGCUCAGGGCAAAAGCGCGCUUGACCUGGCAGCUCCGAAAAGCGGCGUGCAGCAGGCGCUGCUGCUCCGGGAAGGCCCGCCUGCUCUUUCCCAGCUGUGCCGCCUGUGUGUCCGGAAGUGCUUGGGUCGCACCUGUCAUCAGACCAUCCACAAACUGUAUCUGCCGGAGCCACUGGAAAAAUUCCUCCUAUACCAGUAG